GGAAAACCUCGCGCCAGGCCGCGGCAGCAGAUACUAUACUGCUACUUGUAUGUGUGAGGCGUUGAGUGUGUGUAAAAAGAAUAUUCACCUAUGUAACCUAAAGAAUUAUUUAUUUGUAAUGUAUGACAUGAGAGGUGGUAUGAUACAGUGUGAAAACCCAACGAUCGCACGAGAAAACAUAUGUAAAUCGCCAAAUGUAACGGCACUAGACCGAUAACUAUGUAUUGCGCUUGUGUGAGUACUCUAGGGAGGUGUACCGUCGCGCCUCGGCCAGAGAAUUCGCCCACUUGGUUUUUCGUCGCAGCCCAGAGAACAUCCCUACGGUUGACCAGACAUUUGUUUAUUGAGAGUAGAGUAAUAUAAGAGUGCGUUAUCCUGUGUUAUUGUUAUAAGAACGAGGGAGAGGUACGAGAGAGAACUUCAGCCGGAAGGUAGUGUUUAACGGCCAUAAUCUCACAUCGUGUCGAGCUUAUACAGAGAUUGUUAUCGUACGCUGCUCUUAUCUGUAUACUGAUGUAGUCAUCGUUCAAUUUGUUUGCGACUAUAAAGACACCUGGGAUGCAAUCGUCGCCAUCAGUUGUCAUUUCUCGCAGAGUCAAGAUGUAUUUCAAAAAACUGUCCAUUCCGAGUCCAAUUGUUUUCGGGCUUCUGGUACUCUUUUCCGCCGAUCAGGCUUCGGCACGAAGAUGCUACGCCUGCGAGUCAACGAGUACUGAGUCAUGCUGGGUAGAGGGUACAUCAGCACCUAUUGAAACUUGCGUAUUGCCAGGCCGAUCGCUAGCAUUGAACUCAGCCACGAGCUCAACCAAUACAACUAUUCUAGAGGCGAUGGCAUUGCUAGGCCACGAAAACAGCACAAGUGUCGGUCCCAAGUAUUAUCCCACUUUCGACUGUGGGAAAUUGGUUGGAAAUUUUCGAGGCUACAAUUACGUUCUAAGAAUAUGUACUGUGGAGCAAAUCCCUUGUGCCAGCUACGUGGGUGCAUCUGAAAAACUCGGCUUUUACGUGACAGGCUGUCAUCGUUGCAGCGGCGAUUUGUGUAAUUCUUCGACCAGUAUCAACGCUGGGAUCACGAGCCUCGUUGUAUUCGCCACGCUGUUUUUCUUCCAGAAGUAAGAUCCCAAGAACUGACGAUCUCUGUAAAUAAACUGACCUUAUUCGUAAA